UGAUCUGGAGCUCACUAUGUACAUCAGGCUGGUAAACUCAAAUACAUUUGUCUGCCUCUGUCUCUAGAGUGCUGGCAUUAAAGGGUUAAAAGAGUUCCUGAAGUGUGACCUCUGUCCCUAGCCUUCCUGUGGACUGUCUGUUGAUUCUUUGUAGCGGGCCUGCUGCGGGGGAGGGCUACCCGAUUUGAAGAAACCCGUUUGAAGCUCUGAGGUUAAGCCAUGUAUCCAAGUUUACACAAAUAGCAGCAGGAGGGGAGGGGGCCACAGUGUUGAGCCCUGAACAUGGACCUCCCCUCUUUAAGGAGCUGGAAUGGGGCCCAGACAUCUUGCUAGUUCUCCUCUUCACGAUUGUCAGGACGCUGCCUGUAAUCUGUGCUUCCUGUUCCCUGGUUUCGUUUUGUGCAUUUUGCAGUGCUUUGUAGGAAACUGGGUAUAAACAGGCCUCCCCAUAAUGAACGUAAUCCCUGCCUCAGGCUUGCUUACCUGGGCAUCUCAGGAAGAAAUGAGUAGAGCCUGGUAUGGCUGAGCUGGAGAAGAUCCAUGGCUAGCAGGGGAAUUCUCAGCUGAGAGGCAAGCGGUGGUGAGAGGCUGCUCCAGCAUGAACUCACCCCCAGGAACAGGAAGUAGAAGCUAGAGCAGCUGUCUGCCUGCCAUGGCCUGUGAGCCUCCCGCAGACCCUGGUGGGGCAGCUGGUCCCCUGCCCACCUCUGUCCUGGGCUGCGGCACCCUGCCUCAAAGGAGCCCUCCUGGCUGGGGGCAAGAGCUGCACAAUGGCCAGGUCCUCACAGUCCUCCGGAUAGACAAUACCUGUGCACCCAUCUCCUUCGACCUGGGAGCUGUAGAAGAGCAACUGCAGGCCUGGGGCGUUCAGGUCCCUGCUGAGCAAUACAGGAACUUGGCUGAGAGUGCCCUCUUGGAACCUCAAGUGAGGAGAUACAUCAUCUACAACUCCAGGCCCAUGCGUCUGGCCUUUGCUGUUGUGUUCUAUGUGGUGGUGUGGGCCAACAUAUACUCCACCAGCCAAAUGUUUGCCCUGGGCAGCCAGUGGGCAGGCGUGCUGCUUGCCACUCUGUCUGCUGUCAGCCUGACCCUGACCCUUGUGCUGGUCUUCGAGAGGCAGCAGAGAAAGGCCAACACUAACACAGACCUGAGACUGGUGGCCACCAAUGGAGCCCUUCUGAGACACCGGGUGCUGCUGGGGGUGACUGACUCCGUGGAAGGGUGCCGGAGCGUGAUCCAGCUCUGGUUUGUCUACUUCGACCUGGAGAACUGUGUGCAGUCUUUGUCUGACCAUGUUCAAGAAAUGAAGAGGAGCCAAGAGUCCUUGCUGAGAAGCAGAUUAAGCCAGCUAUGUGUUGUCAUGGAGACCGGAGUGAGCCCUGUGGUGGAAGGACCUGAAGAUUUGGAGGAUGCCCCCCUCCUGCCCAGCACUUCUGGUCAUCAGGAAAGACCACUCAUGCAGACUGAACUCUAUCAGCUUGUUCCAGAGGCUGAGCCGGAGGAGAUGGCUCGGCAGCUACUGGCAGUGUUUGGUGGCUACUACACUCGGCUCCUGGUGACCUCUCAGCUCCCCCAGUCAAUGGGAACCCGACACACAGACUCUGCAAGGGUCCCAUGCCCCUGCCAGCUCAUAGAAGCACACAUUCUUGGCACAGGAUGCUGCCCAUUCCUGGCCAGGUGACCUAGGGACAGAGAUGUUCCUCUUCCUCCAAGACGAGAAGUGGGGGAGGAGCCUGGAGCCUGGUGUGGUGGACAGUGAGCUCAGAUGAAAUCAGCAUUUGGGGACACUUUGGAGAGUGUCAGUCAUGUUGGUCAUGGGGCCACCAAGCGCAUGCCAGAUGCCAAUAAGCCAUCUUAUGCUGUCCUGGCCUUGCUGCGUCUGGGGGCUGAGCCUGGGCCUGCAGCCUGGGUGGAGGAUCCCUCCGAGACCUGCAGCCGACUCCUCAGGGUUCAGAGAGGACGCUGCUCUGUCCAAAUUGCUCCCGGCUGCUGAUAUCAUGAGCCCACCCACUUCCAGUGUGAGAGGGGGUCUCGGAACGGUGAACCAGCUCGUGAACUACCGUCCAUCCAGGCUUGUGAGUGACAAGACAGCGAGUGAGCUGUCAGCGCCUGGGCUGUAGAUGACAGGGCUGGAGGACAGGGGUGAGGAGACCGAGUUGGUGGCCGUCAACGGGGCACUUGGAAAAGAAGACCUUGUCGGUGGGACUCAGACUGGUUUUGCGUGGCCACGGUGAUUCUCCCCUGCAGAUCAGCAGUGGUGCUUUCUGACACUCCGCUGUUCUGGAACGAAGUGUGAUCAGACUCUCUGAGUUUGAAUAAAGAGCUCAAAGGCUUCUCCAAGAGUCUGAAGACUGCCCACAGCCCCAUGUCCAAAGCCCUCGUCUGGUGUGAAGGUCCAGCUUCAGGAUCCAGCCUUCGUGGUUUUGUUGGAACUCUUCCCUGAACUGGCAGAUGUAUUUGUCCCUGUUGGCCUCUUACGCUUCAAAUCCAUAUCCCUUCUGCUGCUUCUGUCCCGUUGAACUUCCUGGUGGAGCUGCUCCUGUUAGGGAUAUAUUCUCUCAUCCCGUUUUUCUCCUGUCAACUGUAAACUCCUCAAGGUCCAACACUGCACCCAUCUUCCCUUUGUGAAUGACCUGGACUUACUCAGAACAAAGUAAGUCUGAGAAGUCCCACGGACCGGUUGCCUUAUCCUCUCCACCAGUUGUGGCAAAUUGUUCAGCAAAUGUGGUUGAAUGAUUAGACCUAGGUCAUGAUGGACCGGGGUUCUUGUCUGAGCCGGGUCACUGGAUGGCUCUGGCCAUUUCCAGCUUAUCAUGCUGUCUCUCAUUCUUACCUCAUGCACAAAGUGCUCUCCUGACCCCUGACCCUUCGCUGAGGUGUCCUUGGCGAUAUGUCACCUGGCAUAUGUCCUUGGCGAUAUGUCACCUGGCACAGCGAGUGAGCUGGAUUCUUGGUUUUGCACACCUGCCAUCUCCAGGGCUGUGUGGCCAUGGCUGGGUGCACUGCCUUCUUGGUGUGUCCCCUUUGUAGAGCCUUGUGGUGGCCUGAAAUGGCACAGUGCAGGAGACUUGCUGGGUAAGACACAUCCUCUUUGCUUUCUCUGUAUCCAAGGUGAAGGAGUCCCCCAGCCACGCCCUGAGGCAGCUUUGUUCAGUGGAAUAAUUCACUGUCUUGACCCACGGUAGGAAAUGUCACUGACUUUGAUCAAGGGAGCCUGUGCUUUGUCAUCUGGCCAGAGAACCCUUCAGCAUAAUGAGAAUAAAACUGUGUUUGGUGAA